CUCCUCCGCGCUUCGCCGUGCCGCGCUGCCCUGGGUUUGGGGUUUUGCAACUGGCAGCUGGCUUUUUUUUCCCUCCCCUCCCCUGUUUCUGUCUCUCCUUCUUUUAGAUUGCUCCACCCCGCCCAGGAUCAGGCGAGGGGGGAACCAGCUGGGCUGCGGCUGCCAACUCGCGCCCGGCGCGGCAGCGAACUCCGGGAGUGGAGUCCCGCGUCCUGCCUUUUCCCCUCGGAGCGCGCUCUCCUCGCGCCCCCGGGCCCCGCGGCUCCCCCACGCAACCCUUCCCCACUUUUCCCCCCUUUUGCAAUCACAUGGCAUUUUAAGAAUGCCGGAAAGAUGGCGGUAGCGGCGGCGGCGGCGGCAGCGGCGGCCGGGCUGGCCAGCGGGGGAGGCGGCCGGGCACAGCGCAGCGGGCUGCUGGAAGUUUUGGUGCGGGAUCGCUGGCACAAAGUUCUGGUGAACUUGAGUGAGGACGCCCUGGUUCUGAGCUGCGAGGAGGGCGCUGCGGCGUACAACGGCAUCGGGACCGCCACCAAUGGCUCGUUCUGCAGGGGCACCGGGCACCCGGGCGCGGGCAGCUCGCAGCCCCCGGACUCACCGGCCGGGGUCCGCACCGCGUUCACCGACCUGCCAGAGCAGGUGCCGGAGUCCAUCUCGAACCAGAAGCGUGGCGUGAAGGUGCUGAAGCAGGAGCUGGGAGGCCUGGGCAUCAGCAUCAAGGGUGGCAAGGAGAACAAGAUGCCCAUCCUCAUCAGCAAGAUCUUCAAGGGGCUGGCGGCGGACCAGACCCAAGCCCUGUACGUGGGCGACGCCAUCCUGUCGGUGAACGGAGCCGACCUGCGGGACGCCACCCACGACGAGGCAGUGCAGGCGCUGAAGCGCGCUGGCAAGGAAGUGAUGCUGGAAGUGAAAUACAUGCGAGAAGCCACACCCUAUGUGAAGAAAGGCUCCCCUGUAUCCGAGAUUGGGUGGGAAACGCCCCCGCCAGAAUCCCCUCGCUUAGGGGGCGGCUCUUCAGACCCUCUGUUGUCAUCAUCGCAGCCCUUCUCCUUCCAUAGAGACCGGAAAAGCAUCCCCCUGAAGAUGUGCUACGUCACGAGGAGUAUGGCCAUGGCUGACACCGAGAACAGGCAGCUUGAAAUCCACUCUCCAGAUGCUAAGCAUACAGUGAUCUUAAGGAGCAAGGACUCAGCCACUGCCCAGGCCUGGUUCACUGCCAUCCAUUCCAACGUCAGUGACCUGCUGGCCCGAGUGAUUGCAGAGGUCAGAGAGCAGCUGGGGAAAACAGGCAUCGCUGGGAGCCGAGAUAUCCGACACCUCGGCUGGCUUGCAGAAAAGGUGCCCGGGGAGGGCGAGAAACAGUGGAAGCCAGCCCUGGUUGUACUGACUGAGAAGGACCUUUUAAUCUAUGACAGCAUGCCACGGAGGAAGGAAGCGUGGUUCAGCCCAGUUCACACGUACCCUCUGCUUGCUACCAGGUUGGUCCAUUCGGGCCCAGGGAAAGGAUCACCGCAGGCUGGUGUGGAUCUGUCUUUUGCAACACGAACCGGUACCAGGCAGGGGAUUGAGACACAUGUCUUCAGGGCCGAAAUCAGCAGGGACCUCUCUCAUUGGACAAGGAGCAUAGUACAGGGCUGCCACAACUCAGCUGAACUCAUUACCGAAGUCAGCACCGCUUGCACCUACAAAAACCAGGAGUGCCGCCUGACCAUACAUUAUGACAAUGGAUUUUCUGUUACCACUGAACCACAGGAGGGUGCCUUUCCCAAGACAAUCAUACAGGCUCCGUAUGAAAAGCUGAAAAUGUCUUCAGAUGAUGGAAUAAGGAUGCUGUAUUUAGAUUUUGGAGGCAAAGAUGGAGAGAUUCAACUGGACCUUCAUUCCUGCCCCAAGCCAAUCGUUUUCAUCAUUCAUUCCUUCCUGUCAGCGAAAAUUACAAGACUGGGCUUGGUUGCCUGAACAGAGGGGCGACUUGCCUUUGAGAAAAGGAGGGCUGCGAUGCCACCAGAAAGUGGGCCAUCAGACACCAUUUGCAGUGAGCAAUGCACCAGAUGUCGUAUGCCCCCGUCAGCUUUAGCUCCCGAGUCCUGCGUCACUGUCCCAGACUCCUCUGUCAGUUUCACCAACAAGGGGGUACCCUAGGAAAACACAAGGGAUAUCAGAAUACAACUGUCUUUUCAGAACAGUAAAGAGGAGAGGGCGAUUGGAAAUACACCGCAUAGCUUCCGACAAUCAAGGGCGUGAACAUUAGAACAGCACGUACAGAUCUUACUCACACCAGUUUCUAGUCUACUGGCUCACCCAGGUAAGCAAGGGCUGAAUAGAUGAAAACUGGACAUUGUCACCGCUCUCCUCCCCAGUAACCAGGACUCCUUGUUCUGUGAUGUAUCUCCUACUUCUCAGUUGACUUUCGCAGGCAAGGAAAGAAAAGUACUUCAAAUGGAAAGCCACCCUUUAUUUAAGUGUGAAGAAGCUGUUACUUUUUCUUAAUGAAUUAUCUUUCAAUAAUGGAGAAAGAUUCUGAAGUAUUCUCAUGAGCGUAUCCUGAGCAGGAAUUAAAACAAAGUCUCGGAUACUGAUCUGAGCUGUAAGCUGGUGGAAACUGAGCCAAAGUAGACUGCAAAUUGCAAAGCUUUGCUGAAGAGUGGUGUGCAAGAAAGAAGCUUAAUUCUGGGCUGCAUUCACACCAAGGUCUGCUGUCAUAGAGCCAAGACUGACAGUUUUAUUUAUAGAAAGCAAAUUAUGGAUAUUUUUUUAAAAGAUUGCCAUUUUGAUUACACACACACACACACAAAAUCAACUAACAUGGGGUUAACUAAUUAUCCUCAUUUUGUGGUUUUCAGUGGACGCACUGAGCAAUGUAUUGACCCUUGUUUCUGCCUGUGCUUGUUUAUGCAUGCGUUUUUGAACCAGUAAUAGAGCAGCUUCAUACACUUCUGGAUGAUGCUGGGUUUUAGGUAUAGACCCAGUAUUAUAAUCACAUCUAUUGAUAGCACCCUGCAGCUCUUUGGGAAUUCCAGGGAAAUAAUAUAAUGACCUGAUAUUUUUCUACAAGAAUAUUUUCAGACACCAUAUAGCGUAUUACUGAUUUAAUGCUUUUAUCUUUCAAAACAAACUCACCAAAAAUACACCUACUAUUUAAUUUGGGAGUCACUUUCCUCAGACUUUGAAAAUUAGCUCUAGAACUUCUGUAAGCAUUUGUAACCCUUCUUUCCCCUGCAGUUUACAUAGACAAAUGUUUUAGGUUAGAUUUGUGUGUUUUUUCGGAAUCAUAUUUUAGCAAACACCUAUGCAAAGAGCUUUAAAAAGUGAAAACGGUUAAAGGAAUGUAAUUUUGCUCACUGAGACAGAUGUGUUUCUUGAGUUACAAUGUUUUAUUUUAGAUCAGCCUUUCCCAAAGUAUGUAUCAUGUAACACUAGUUCCAGAGGUCAAAGACUGGUGUUUUGUGGGAGUGGAAACAGGUUUGGUAAUCAAAAAUGUUUGUUAAAUACUGAGUUAAGAAAUGUUAAACAGAUUUCACAACUGCAGGCCUCCUCAGAGACUUUAAUGUACGUUGUGAUUCUUCAAGGGAGGAACCUGUGUGCCAUUCCCUACACUCACCUACAGAACUCCUUUCUAACAGAGCAUCAUGUGAAGCUAGUGUCUAAAAAAAAAAAAGUAUAUACCAGCUUUGGGACAUUGAUUUUUUUGUCCCUUUUUUUUUUUUUUUUGGGUUUCCUAUUUUGAAAUGCUGAAGAAUGAAGUCCCAGGCUGCUAUUGUUAGGAAAGCUUUGAUGCAUUUGUAAACUAUACUGCAUUCUUUCAUUACAUAUUUUCAAAAUCACUGGAAUGUUGUUAUACAAGAAAAUUAUACUUGUGUAUUGUAAAUAACAUAUUAAAAUACACAUAUUAAUGCCAAUAGUUUAAUUCAACAAUAUAUAAUCUAAGGUGCUCAGUAGUACAUGAAGUAUGAGUUAAUUACUCAUAAUUAAGUUGCAAAGAUCCUAUUAUAUAUUUAUAGACACAUUAAAAUGAUCAUAAUUAGAAAUAUUAUUUCUUCAUCACUUAAGUUUUGGACUGAUUAAGAUGUGGGUGGAAAUCAACAGAAACUACAUUCUCUGCAUUUAUAAAAAUUUAAUUUAAAUAUUUAUAUUUUAGAAAAAAUAUAUUUGAAUAAAAUUAAUGCAUUUUCUGAAUUAUGUGUCAUUAGCAAGAAAUAGAAAAUUUUACUAAGCGAAUUGUAUAUAUGAAUCAUUUUAUUUUUUUCCAAGUUAGUGUAUCAUGUCAGAGUGGAUAUGAUGAAUCAAUUUCACUCACUCAUUUUUUUCUCAUUCUGAAUUCAACAAGUUACAAUGACUACACUGUAGAUCUUUUUAAUCUUCAUGUGUGUUAUGAAUGUUGUGAAUGACACAAACUCAUAUGUCUGGUUCAUGCCUGGGUAUAGUUAACGAAAUCAACUGAGUCAUUUUGGGGACUUUGUUUCUGCCCAAUUCGUUCUGUGCUCAGUCCGUUUCUUAUUUGAAUCAAUGAAUUAUUAAAUUCACAUGUUUGUCUCUUUCAGGGCAAACCAAUACAAAUGAAUGAUGUUUAACUACUUAGUGAGAAGCUAUUCAUUUGCUCUUUGGGGUGACAUAUGUGUGAUGACAUAUCUUUAAAUCAUCCCAUAGGGAUUUAAAGAAGGCCAAUAGGAACUUAGACAAUUUUUUUUUUCAGAUUUGAACGGAGAAACAAAACCAUACACCUAUUAAAAAAUACCUAGGCAGAGGCAUUUAAUUAAUUCUAUCAGUCGAUGGGCUGAAGAUGCUGCACAAUGCAUGUUCCUUUGUCUAAAAGCUUGUUGACCCUUCUUGGUUGAAGUCAGAAGGGACGGUCAUUAAUGGUCAGGAUUCUCCUAAAAUUAACGUACAGGGGCCGUUCUGGCCUUUGUUUUACAAAUAUCAGAUACUCUACGUUCAGAGGACUGCAAUGGGCUGGGACGAGGGAGUAAUUUUUGAAUGUACCUUGAGUUAAAAAAAAAAUGUGCCUAUGUUUAUAGCACCAUGGGUAUCAUGUAAAAUUUAUAUGAGUUAAAUAAAUAUUCACCUCUGAAUAUGGUGGACUGGCUGGUGGUUUCCUGAUAGCCACAGAGGGACAUGGGAGUAUGAAGACACAGCCUACUACUUUCUUCCUCCAAGACUGGCCUUGAAAGGUGCGAAUGGGUAAAAGGGAUGCUAUCAGCAUUUUGUUUUGUUUUGUUUUGCAUGUAUUUUUGUGUGUAUAGUUUCAGGAUGUGUCUUCACUUGGGGCUCAGGGAUCUCAUUUUUAACUAAGUUUUCAUGGGAUUCAACCUAUACACCAAACUCCAAAUACUUGAAUUCUCUGUAGGACUUGGUUGUGUUUAAAUUGCUUGUAAUAAAUGUGACCGACUUGGGGAGAGAAGUCUUUUUGCUAUUCGAAAAUUUAGUAGUAUUGAGAUUAUAUUUAGAACUGUAGAAUCUCAGUGUUAAGGAGACUUUAGAGAUCAUCAAGCACAUUAUUUCCCAAAGUCUAUUCAUAAUUUUAGCAAUACCACUUUAGUAUCUUAGUAUAUGAUUUGCUAGUAGUAUAGCAACAUAGCAUAUACAUAUAAAAAGGAAUAUACACCAAUUUAAAAAUUUUAAAUGUUUGUACCACCCAAAAUCAUACCAGAUAUACUAUGGUACUACAUUUUGGGAAAUGCUGACUUUGUAUAAUAUUCCACUAAAGUCAGGAAUCUCUUCCUGAACAUACCUUGUACUUGUUUAUUCCCGCAGAAAUGGAAAAUUUCCCGGGGGAGGGAGCGCCUUAUCUUUUGAUGCAAGCCACUCCAUUGCUGGAUGGCUACAGUUGUUAGAAAGUUCUUAAAUUCUUAGAGCAAAACUUAUGUCUGCCUAACUUUCAGUCAUCAUCACCCUGUUCUACCCUAGAAAGACUGAAAGUCGAAUUUUUUCCACCUGAGUGUCCCAAAUAAAAAGACAAAUCAAGGCUGAGGAUGACUAGGUAAUAUAAAAUGAUCUGAAAAUGGCUUUAAAUAGGACAUUUACAAUUCCUCAUUUUCAUCUUUAAAAUACCAAUUGGCCAAGAUUAAAACUUUCCAUAAUAAUUAGUGGUGGAAAGUGAUGGGAAAACAGGCACUUAUACAUCCAUUCGUAGGUAUAUAGUAUUUAGCAAUAUUUUGGAGGACAAUUUGGCAAUAUCUAUAAAAAUUUAAAAAUCCAUGUAACUUUUGACUUAUGGGGAUUCAUCCUAGAGAUAUAACUGCACAAGGGCACAAAGACUAAUGUAUAAGGAUCAUCUUUGCAGCAUUGUUACAAGAAGCUGAAAAGGUCAAUGUGACCGUCUAGAACUAAAUAAAUCUUGGCAUAUCUAUGCAUUAGAAUAUUCUACAACUGUUCACAAAGAAUGGUCCAUUUGUAAGUGCUAAUAUGCACAAAAUUUCUAAAGGCAAGUUCUGCAAAAUGCAAACAUAGAUACACUGUACACACACAUUCCAUUUGUUUUUUAGAAAGUGGUUCUCUUCAUGCUCCCCGGGGCACUGCUGGGGCAUUCUGGAAAUCUGUGCUAGUGUUUUGUUGUCACCAUGAUUGGGGGGCAAAGGGCCCUAUUGGUGUUUACUGAACAAGAGUCAGAAUUGGUAGACUUCUUGCAGUGUGAUGACAGUGCCUACAUCUAAUGGGACCAUUUCCCACACAAUUUUUGUAUCCUCUGAGUUAUUCAUGUAGGUUAAAAAAAAAAAA